AUGCAGUCAAUCUCAUCCCAAAGACCUGAAAGUACCACAUAUGGGUUAAAAAAACCCAAAGCCGCUUAUUUCCCACAACCAGGUUCCAAAUUGUAUGCUGAUAAACAGUUAUAUGAGAACAUUGCAUCUAGCGACAAAAAACUUGUUCAAACCCAUUGGAUCAAGCCUAGAAGUGCAAUAGCUGUCGAGAUUCCAGCUAAAAGUGUUUUCCGUAUACGUACCCCUGAGGGGCCACAAGUUGGUGAUUUGAACAUCUGGAAUAGGCAUAAUCCAAGGGAAAGAUUUUGGGCAGCUAGAACUAGGCAAUUGCAUAGCGCUCAUGUUUCAACAUUGGAUAGAUUAUGGUCAAAUCUACCAUAUCUAAGACCAAUGGUGACAAUUAUCGGUGAUACUUUAAACGCCAGACACGAUGAAUGGGGUGGUAGAGCGCAUGAUACACUAGGAACUAGAUGUGAUCCAUAUGUGGAAAAAUUGAUUAGUGGCGAGGAUAAUGAUUUCCAUUGUCAUUCGAAUUUGACAAGAGCUAUUAUGCCCCAUGGAUUAACCGAAUUUGACGUUCAUGAUGUCUUGAACGUGUUUCAAGUUACUGGCCUCAACGAGUAUGAUCAAUAUUUUAUGGAAACUUGUCCAUCUGAUAAGGAUGAUUAUUUUGAAUGCUUUGCGGAACAAGAUUUAUUAGUAGCGCUUUCUGCAUGUCCCGGUGGUGAUUUAUCACAAUGGGAUUGGGGUGAAGAUAAAGAAAAUGCGGACUCGAAGGGAAUGCUUGAAUGUUGUAGACCACUUGCAAUUGAAAUAUAUCAAUUAAACGAUCCUGAAACCGUUUUGAAAGAUUGGAAAUCUCCUGAAACACCUAAAUAUAGAGGUAACCAUGGUUUGAAACAACCAUGA